AUGAGUACGACAAAUAUUGAUUCGUCGUGUUGUCUUGAAAAUAAUAAUAAACAAGAAUGUACACCUUCGGCAAAAUAUACUGAAGUUAGUCAAAAUGGUGAAGUUCUUUAUCAAUCAGAUUCUGUGCCUGUUGAAAUAACAGCAACUUAUUUACAACCAAGAGAUACAAUUGCACAAAGAAAUGCUGCAAUGACUGGUGAAAAAACUAGUGAUCAAUAUAGGGCAUUUAAUAUUCCAGCAAAAUUUGAUAAUCCAGACUGGUGGCAAGGUUAUAGCAAGAAAGAACCAAAUCCACUCUAUCGUACAACAGCACAAGAUUAUGGUGCUGAAAAACCUAAUAUUCAUACAAUGCCAACUGUUUAUCGAACACAAUCAAGUGCCUUUACAGAACAUCUUGGUAAAUGUGGUAUUUAUCGUUAUCAAGGUCUUAAUACGGCUAUAGACAAAGGACGAUUUAUAGACAAAUAUUAA